CACCAUUCGAUCCUCUCCAUUCAAUCCCAACCACUCUCAUCAGACCUAUCCAGCUCCAGAACCGGACCUCAACUCCAAUAUCAUAUCUGUAUCAAAACCCCCUUCUCUUAUCUCAUAAACUCACCACAUUACAUCACCACCCUACCCACCACCACAUCCACCACACUCUAAAUAAAUCACAAUCAUAACUCGGGAUAGUUCUCUAUCCAAUCCAUCCAUCAAGCCAAACCAAAAACCUAACCAUGAAAACAUGACACAACAAACACCAACUCCGGACCUAACUCCCAAACCUCCAAUCGAUAUCCUAAACACCACGUGGACCACAAUCACCACCACAAUGCCAUCUCGAUCCUUAUCCUCAUCCACAUCGCCAUCGCCAUCGCCAUCGCCAUUCGUUUCUGGAUCUCAAUCUCGAUCUCUUCCUGCUAAUGUCGUUUUUGCACCGUCUACUUUAUAUAUUUUCCUUGCGGAUAUUGGACAUGAGUCGCUUUGUGAGUAGAUUUUGAUUUAUUAAUUGAUUAUUUUUAUAUAUUUGUAAUAUUUUUCAUAGUUUUUGUUUUUAUUAUUUAUUUAUUUAUUUAUUUAAUUUUUUAAGAUUUAUAUUUAUAGUUUUAUUUAUAGUUUUAUUUAUCUUUUAUCUUUUAUUUUUAUUUAUAUUUAUAUUUAUAUAUAUAUAUAUAUUUUUUACUCUUUAUCUUUUUCUUCAAUUUUUUUAAUAAUCUCAUUGAUUUUAUUUGAUUUUGUUUAAAGGCUAUAGAAUACAAAUAUAUACAUGAAUAUAAAUACUAAUUUUCCAUUCUAAUCAUUUAGUUCAUUGAUAUCUGCUUACUUCGCCUCCUCCCCGCCUACUAGUAUUCCAUUUCUUGCUCCCGUGACUGGUACUAUAUGUAUUAUCCUCUUCCUCUUUUCCCUCCUUUCCAUCUUCACCUUAUUCCUUUCUACUCAUCACAUACAACCCUAUUACUCCUUUCUCCUUUUUCUUCCCUUCUCCUCAAACCAUACCACCACCCCUCCUUCUAAAACACCCAAAUAACACCUCCCCAAACUCUAGUCCACAUAACCAACCCAACGGGACCCUGGACCUACCAAUCCCACACCCUCCCACUAACCCACCUCUCAAAAUUCAUCCCCACCCUCCUCUUCAUCCUAAAGCUCUGCCCAAUAGACAUCAUCCUCCACCAAGCCCUCUCCUCCCGUCUCUCAAUCCUAGGUCUCGAAACCCAAUUAUUGAGUAGUAUGCCCUCUGGAUCCCCCCCAAUAUCAACCCCAGAUACCCAAGAUUCAAUUCCAACCUCAACCUCAAGCUUAAAAGAAACAGAAAAUGAAAAAGAUGAAAAUGAAAAAGAAAAAGAAAAAGAAAUAGAAACAAAACAGGAAAUAACAACACAAACAUGGAUAACCCAAACCCUCCAAAUCCUAGAGGAAGAAGGCUAUAUUUCUUUUCCGGAAAAUCUGCGUCUGAGCUCGAAAUUGGUGGUGGAGUGUAUUGAGAGUGAGGCUGUUGCGGGGGCGGGGUGGCAUAGGAUGAGGGGGACGGUAGGAUGGGAGAGGAGUGCUUGGGUUGGGGAGUGAGUUGGUUGGUUGGUGGGUUGACUUGAGUGAUUUGGUUGCGGGGAGGGAAGUGAGGGAUCAAGUGGAUGGAUUUGGUAGGAUGUUUGUUUGUUGUAUUGUGUUGUGUUAUGCUGUGUUGUAUACGUUAGAUAUUAUCCGAUUCUAGAAUCUAUACUUACCUAGUGAAGGAUAUUAUUCUCAUCAUCAUCAUCA